CAAGCAUGACAACAACAGUAAAGUAAACAUUAUAAGAAAUUUAUAAGUUUAAUCAUUUAGUUUCCUUUAAUAAUAAUACAAACUUAAACAUGGAAAAAUUAACUAGCCUCGACCAUGUCUUAAUGCCAAAGAGUGUUCAAAGAACUCUAACAAUUAAUAACAUUACAACAAUCCUAGAAUUCCUUCAACAAGAUGCGGAAAGACUAUCUACCUUAACAAAGUUAAAUUUAUCCCAAAUUUUAGACAUCAGGAACGAUAUUUUUACCAAAUUUUCUGCUCCAGUGGUAGAUGGUCCUUCAUUAUUUGCCUUGUACAAAAAUAAACAAAGGUUCGUUACUACAGGAAUAGACAGUUUGAACAAUGUCUUAGGUAUCGGAAUACCAAUUGGUUUUAUAACUGAAAUAUGUGGUCUAGCUGGCUGUGGGAAGACACAGUUAUGUCUUCAAUUAGCAAUCAAUUGCGCCAAACAGACAGAAAACGCUAUUCUUUAUAUAGAUACCAAAGGUGAUUUUAGUGCUGUUAGACUACAAAGAAUUUUAAAUAAUCUGCAUUUUACUCAUGAGGAAAUGGCAAGAAUUUUAAGAAAAAUAAAAGUAGUCCACAUAUGGACAAUGGAAGAAAUUUUAGAUUUGUUUAAAAAGCUUAAAGAUAAAAGUUUAACAAUACAUAAUCUGGUAUUAAUAAUAAUUGAUUCAUUGCCAUGUCUACUAAUGCAACAUUUUGGUGAUGAUAACAAAAUAGGUUUGAAUUAUUUAAAUGUAUUGGUCAAUCACUGCCGCUUUGUUUGCAAGAAUUUUGGUGUUGGAAUUGUAUGUGUUAAUAUACAAACAAGAUGGGUUCAACAAGAUAUAGCUGACUAUGAAGAGGAAGAUGACCAUGUAAGGGAGACAUAUGUAGAAAAACAAACAAGAGGUUCAGGAAAAUACUGGCAACACAUACCUGCAGUGGUGCUACAAAUGGAAAAAAUAAUGAAUCCAGAUGAUGUUGAAACUUAUAUAAACAAUUUUCCAGUGAAAAUAACUUUGAUUAGGACCAAUAAAAUGAACUUAGGACAGCAAUGUAUACUAAAUGUGGGAGGUGCUGGUGUAGGAUAA